AUGCGCAAAGGUCCGCACCUGAUUGUUGCACCUUCGUCUGUGUUGGAAAAUUGGUCGCGCGAAUUCCAACACUUUUGCCCAGCGCUGAAAGUGGAAGUGUACUAUGGCUCUCAGGCCGAACGACGUGACUUGCGCAUCGACCUGAAACACCGUGAAGACUAUGAUGUGAUCCUCACUACAUAUGAUAUGGCUACCGGAAACCAUGAUGACCAAUCUUUCCUUCGUAAGCGAGGUUUUGACGUCUGCGUCUUUGAUGAGGGACAUAUGUUGAAGAAUCGCAAGUCGCAAAAAUAUGCAAAGCUGUUGCGCAUUUCAGGUCGGUGGCGCCUGUUGCUCACAGGCACCCCGCUGCAAAACAAUCUGCAGGAGUUGGUCUCACUUUUGAACUUUAUCUUGCCCGAUUACUUCACCGAUGUGGAAGAGGCAUUGGCUGCUAUUUUUAAAGUGAAGCAGGGUGCCAGCACCACGCAGUUGUCUCAGCAGCGAGUGGAGCGUGCCAAGCGCAUGAUGCAACCGUUUGUUCUCCGUCGCCGCAAAGAUCAAGUCUUGCGCGGUCUCACACAAAAGACGGAACGUGUUGAAUUAUGUGAUAUGACUGAGCGCCAAGCUGAGCUGUACAAGAGUGUUCUACAGCGCACCAGUGCUACCAUCAUGGAAGAGUCGAGUGGGAAAAAGGGGGCGGCCAAGGAUACGACCAAUGUUCUGAUGGACCUUCGCAAAGCCGCAAAUCACCCUCUCUUGUUCCGUGCAUUGUAUGACGAUAAGAAAAUCGCAGCUUUGGCACGCGACUAUAUUCGCGAGCCUGAGCAUGCAGAGGAAAAUCUCCAACAUCUGCGUGAAGACUUUGCUAUCAACACUGAUGCGGAGCUGUCCCUUUUGGCGCGCUCGUGGAAGUCGACACAGAAGCACAUGUUGCCAGAAAAGGCAUGGAUGGACUCAGGUAAAAUUCUGAGUCUGCGCAAAAUCAUCGACGAAGUGGUAUCAAAGGGUGACCGUAUGCUCAUUUUUUCCCAGUUCACUUCAGUAUUGGAUAUCUUAUGUGUGUGUCUGGAGUUUAUGGGCGUCAAAUACGUUGGCUUUACUGGCCAAACCAACGUGGGCGACCGUCAGCACUUGGUUGACCAAUUUACCAACGACCCUAGCAUCCCUGUGUUUCUACUGUCGACCCGAGCGGGUGGUCUAGGCAUCAAUCUUGUUGCCGCCAACUGGGUGGUCUUGUUUGAUCAGGACUUCAAUCCGCAAAACGACAAGCAGGCUACGGACCGCUGUUAUCGGAUCGGCCAGACAAAGCCUGUGACGGUUGUGAAGCUCAUUAGCCGCGGCACGAUCGACGAGGAUGUCCUUUCUCUGGCACAGAGGAAGCUCGAACUUGCCGAACGUGUAUCUGGCCAGGCGAACGCUGAAGGCGAUGAAGAACAGCUCGAAUCGGAGAUGAAGAAUCAAAUAACCUCUUCGCUCCUUGCGCAGGUCCGCGAGCGAGCAGGCACAUCUUCCUCGUAG